AUGGCGGCGACCCCGUUCAACUUGGAGGACGCGCUGCAGUCAAUCCACGAGAAAGGCUUCUAUGAUUUAAACGAGCCCUUAGCGGGCGACCGAAUCGCUGCGAUGGAGCGCAAUCACUUCCGCGUAUCAGAAGUAUUCUCGAAGAAUCUCUCGAGAGAUGCCGCCUCGGUCACUGGCUCCGAUACAAAGAAUAUCCUGGCCACGUCGAAUGCUUUAGGAGAGGUGGGCUGGAAGCUGGCCGGCGCGUCUUGA